AAUCCAAAGAAACCACCAAUACAGGCAGCAGCUUGUCGUCUCUAUGGCUCCAUCCUUGGGAAUCAAUUUCAGAGAAAGUAGAUAUGUGGAGGUUAGAUCCAUGAUACACAAGAAAUGUUUGUUGCAGGAAAAGAACCAGGCAGUCCUCAACACAACUGCUGAAGAAACUGUAAAAAGGGCGAUGCAAGGGCACGAAAAGAAUUAAGUUGAAAGCCUGACAUCUUUUACUCGAAUAAACAAUUGGGCGGUAGGCACGACAGUUGGAAGUAGCUUCAUCUACCGCUAAAGAUGUAUUUUCUUCUUCUGUAUUUUUUUCACAGAUAAAAACAGUCAGGUUCAAGAUACGGAGGGCAGGUCAAGAGUAAGGUGUAUAAGAUAUGGGGGAGGCAGUCUUCCUCUCUUGUGCAAAUCAGUAAUCGAGAAUGGAGCUCAAGUGGAAACUCGCGGCUUCAGUCUCUGUGUUAGUCUUGAGUUUCUUCAUCUGUGGAGUUGGUGCAGGAGAGUUGUUCGAGGGCUACUACAGUGAGUCAUGCCCUCUUGCAGAAGAAAUAGUGAGGCAUCAUGUCAAGGCUGAGCUCCUCAGGGAUCCAAGUAUGGCUGCUGCUUUGCUUCGGCUUCAGUUCCAUGAUUGCUUUGUUCAGGGAUGUGACGGAUCAGUGAUGCUGGACAACACUCCAAUCCUGUUGAGCGAGAAGGAAGCAGUGCCCAACAAACGGUCAGUGAGAGGGUUCGAACUCAUUGAUCGGAUCAAGUUCUCAUUGGAAGAAGCCUGUCCUCAAACAGUCUCAUGUGCCGACACCCUCGUUAUGAUUUCUCGCGACUCGGUGCACCUAAGAGGAGGUCCAUAUUGGACUGUCGAGUUGGGACGCAAAGACUCAUUAACAGCAAGCUUCUCAGGUGCAAACCAGCUUAUUCCAGCACCAAAUUCAACCAUGGAGACCCUCAUCAGGAAAUUCGCAGAUCAAGGCCUGGACAAGCGAGACUUGGUCGUACUGUCAGGAGCACAUACGAUUGGUAGAUCAAGAUGUGUAAGCUUCAGGCAGUGGAUCUAUGAACACAGCUAUGACUACCCUCGUUAUGCAGUGAACGACUACGUGUACAGGCAGAUCUUGCGAUCUAUAUGUCCAGUAUCAGGAGGUGAUGACAUACGAACAUCACUUGAUUUAAGGACUGCAGCAAGCUUUGACAACCAGUACUUCAUCAAUCUCUUAAGUGGAAAGGGAUUGCUAGCUUCAGACAGGAAGCUUGUUUCUCAAGAUGCAGAUGAUGAGAUAGCAUAUUGGGUGUGGGCUUAUGCAUACGACCAGCAAUUGUUUUUCAGACACUUUGUGGAGUCCAUGCUGAGGAUGACGAGGGUCAAUCCACUCACAGCAAGUGAAGGGGAAAUCAGAGAGUACUGCCGUUACACGAAUUCUUAUUUUGGGCAGAAUGCAGAGUUGAGACAAGCAGUCAAGGCAAGAAGAGUUCAAGAGGUCAAUGAAGAAAACUAGCUCUCUUCUCUCUCUCUCUCUUUGUGAUGUGCAUGUAAAGUCAGGCAAAUGAUGGUUCAGUAGUAAAAAUAGGAAACAGCAAUUUAAUACAUAAUGCAAUUUCGACAGCAAGACCUUUUGGUAAUCGAGUGACCUAUUUCGAAACAUCUCACCUCACCUGUCAUAAACAACAAAGGCUCCCUGUUCAAGCACAUUGUUCGCCAUAGCAAUGAAACUCUGGGCAUCCGAAACUGCAGCUUUUUAUUCUUUUCCUGUUCUUUUUUUGGGUCGGAUGCAAACAAGUGCCUUUUAUCGUCUCUCAAAACAUCAUUGUAUUAAAAGUCUACUUAACAAUUUGUUUUCUUCUUUAUUUGCUCAAAA